AUGCGUUAUCCUUCCGAUGCUCCGGUAGUUGUCGGCGGAGUCAAGUGCAAAACCUGUUCCGGCCGAGUUGCAAGAGCACCGGGCUUUCGGAAGCUAUUGCCCGAGGAUGCCAAAGAGAAUAGUCAUUUGUGGAUGUGGUCAGCGCGGAUUCUGACUUGUUGCUGCUUGCCAUUUUGUUUGAGAGCCAUGGGCAACAGGGAUCGGAUUGUUCAGCAGGCCUGGCGCGAGAAGAUUGCCCUCUGCCUCAUUAUUCUCAUCUUAUCUGUGGUGGUCGCUUUCUUUACCGUCAGUUUGCGGAGAGUGCUCUGCCCUAGUACCACUUUCGCAAAUCUUUUGCCAAUAUUCGAUGCCCAAAGUCACAACGACAAUCACGGAGAUUUAAACGGCAUUCUGAUCAGCGGCUAUAGGUAUAGCUUUGAUGAGGUGCAGCGAGAGCUUGCUCAGCACAGUAUCCACAUGGGGGACGAAUGGAGGGGCAAGGAUAUCACAAAGCUUUUUGCAAAUGACCGGCAGAAGUGCGAUGCAUACGUUGUCGUCCCCUAUACUGACGGUUGUGAUUUUCCGGAGCUGGUCUCCAUAUCGCGUCCCCGGGGGAAAUGUGGAACAAGGAGCUGGUUGAGAAGAAUGAGUAGUCGAAGGGCCAGGCGAUACAUGGAAUGGACAGACCUCGCUAUUAUUUCUCAACAAUCACCAACACUGAGUUUCACGGUAUUCAACGGAGCUGUCGUGAAUGUCACCGAGUUCUUAAGCUCAGCACAUCCUCACACGGAGGCCUAUAGCUUCAUCUUCAACGGCGUUGGGAAGGAUGGGACACACCUUUACCUUCGCAACAGUAACGCGCAUCGUGCGAUCAAGUGUCUUCUCAAGCCUUACCAUGUCGGAUACAUUGAUGUGGAACCCAUCGGUUGCAUCGCUGGUCAAGUUCUUGAAACGUUGACGCUGGUGAUCAUUGGCGGGGUUAUGAGCACCAAAUUCUUCAUGGCUCUUUGGUUCCAUUGGUUCGGUUUGCCCAAACUGGAGCCGACCCAAUUCGGACUUCCAAAGGGCAGCGGGAGUUGCGCUGUCGCUGUGAACGAUGACAGCCCCAUCGUUAGGUCUUGCAUGUUUGACGAGAGCCAUACCAUGCAUGCCAUUAUCUUGGUGACAUGUUAUUCGGAAGGCUACGAUGGACUACGGACAACAUUGGACUCGUUAGCUAGUACGGACUAUCCAGACAGUAAGAAACUGCUGUUUGUGGUCGCAGAUGGAAUGGUAACUGGCCUGGGCGAGGAGAAAUCUACGCCGGCAAUCAUCUUGGGAAUGAUGCAGUUCGACCCCGGCAUGACCGAACCGGAGCCAAAAAGUUACGUCGCCGUCGGGCAUGGCGGAACAGAGCACAAUAUGGCCAAAGUUUAUGCGGGUUACUACAUUGUUGGAAACCAUAAAGUUCCCAUGAUUACGGUCGUCAAAUGCGGUCUCCCGUCGGAAGCAACCUCGGUUAAGCCUGGGAACCGUGGAAAACGUGACUCCCAGAUGAUAGUUCUGAACCUACUGAGUCGCAUUUUGUUUGACGACCGGAUGACGGCACUUGAUUUUGAAGUCCUUACGGCUAUGGACAAUAUUGCAAGCGCCGCGGACAAGUACGAAGUUAUACUCAUGGUGGACGCUGACACCAAAGUUGCUCCCGAAUCCCUAAAGUACAUGGUGAACGUGAUGAGAACCGAUCAGGCGGUAAUGGGUCUCUGCGGGGAGACUCGUAUCGCGAACAAAACGGCUAGUUUCACGUCGGCUAUACAAGUUUUCGAAUACUACAUCUCUCACCAUCUCGGGAAGGCCUUCGAGUCGGCGUUCGGCGGCGUCACUUGCCUUCCUGGAUGCUUCUGCAUGUACCGGCUAAAAGGGCUUGGGAGAGAUAACGGAAGUAUUGUGCCCAUUCUUCUCAGUCCGGACGUUCUGGAAGAAUACUCUGAGAGUGUUGUUGAGACGCUCCACAAAAAGAACCUGCUCCUCCUUGGGGAGGAUCGGUUCUUAACCACUCUGAUGUUGAAAAACUUCCCCAGGCGGAAGACGAUCUUUGUGCCGCGGGCCGUUUGCUACACGAUAGUGCCGGAUCGGUUCAAAGUUCUGCUCAGUCAGAGGAGAAGGUGGAUCAAUAGCACAUUGCACAAUUUGCUCGAGCUGGUUUUGGUGAGGGAUCUCUGUGGAACGUUUUGCUUCAGUAUGCAGUUCGUCAUAUUGCUCGAAUUGAUCGGAGCCGUAGCCUUGCCCACUUCUAUGUUUUUGUCGAUCUAUCUGAUCUUAUCUGUUUCCAUCAACAACAACGCCGAACUGAUGCCUUUCCUCAUACUGGCGGCCAUGCUGGGUCUCCCUGGCCUCCUCAUUAUCGUCACCACUCGGAAAAGGGCUUACGUUCUAUGGAUGCUUCUGUAUUUGUUUUCUCUACCCAUCUGGAACUUUGUGUUUCCAAUCUACGCCUACUGGCAUUUCGACGACUUUUCAUGGGGUAAGACGCGAAGAGUUGAGGAGAAGGUUCGGGAAAGAGCAGAAGGGGAAAUGGAGAGUCAGACAAAGGCGCUCCCUGUGAUCAUGAAAAAGUAUGUCUUGGUGCUAUAUUUUACAGGCUUCUAUAUUAAGCUCACAUUCUCCACGUCAUAA